AUGGAUUCCACCCCAACCCGGCCGGUGUCUCAGCUAAUCGCUGGGAUCGAGUCACCAUCCACUGCUCAACUUAUUGCAGGAAUCCAGUCACCAUCCGCCACCUCAAACAACUUCGGCCGAAGCACACUCCGGAGGUCUCUUCGUCCUAUUCAACAUCAAGCACCAACACAUGAUGUAGAAACAGAGGAAUUACGAGUUCAGGUGAACACUCUCCGAUAUGAAUUGGAAAACAUCAAACAGGAGCGCGAUCUUGAGGCUCUCAGACACGAAAAAGAGACUCGGGAAUUCCAAUUGAAAUCUGAUGCAGACUUUCGCAAAGCACAGGCCGCCGAAUCUUCCUCUCACCGUGCGAACCACAAAUACGAGUCCUUGGCUAAGGAGUUGAAAGAAUCGCAAGACGAAGCCCUGAACGGUAAAGUGGAGUUAGAACGAAAAGUUAGAAGUCUUCAGGAUGAAAAACUUAUUCUCCAAGAAGAGUUCGACGAUGUCCAGGCGCAAAUGUCCGACCAAGAUCGUCAUCUAAAGUACCAGAUCAACGAGCUGGAAACAAUGCGUGCUUCACUACAAAAAACGAUCGAAGAAGUUCAGGUUGAGCUUCUUGCGGCUCGAAACUCCCAACAAAGCACACAAGAUAAACUGUGCGAGCGUGAAGCUGAAUUUGAAACUCUUGAGGCUGAGAAUAUUCGCCUGCGGGCUGAAGGCAAUGAUGCCGAGGCCCUCACAGUUUUGAAACGACAUGUUUCAGAGCAGGUACAUCAUAUCCGUGAGCUGGAGGUUAAAAGUCGCGACCAAGCAUCGGAGCUUCGACAUCUACGCCAAGUCCAAAAGAACGUGGAGGUUGUAGAGGAAGAGAAGAGAUCACUCGAGAACCAGUUGCAGUUAAUGAAUGGACUUGAAUCCGAAAACAACACCUUGCGCAUUCAAAAGCAGAUGUUGGAAGACGAGCGGCAGUCAUGGGCCAGUCUUCUUCAGGAUAAUGCUGCAGAUUUCGAUUCCCCAGAGGAUGUGGUGAAAGGUCUAGUCGAGGGACGUAUUGAAACUGCAACACUGGUUGACCGAAUCGGCACCCUUGAGGCGCAAUCCCUUGAACAGAAUGAAACAAUCAAGGUUCUUGAGAAGGAAAAAGCACAGCUUGUCCAAGAGCUAGAACAACUACGUACUUCAGGAAACAGUUCAGCUGCAGCAGUUUCUACGGCGGAUGUUCGGGCUAAGUCGAGGCUUGAGCGACAGCGUGUCCUAGCUGUCAAGGAAGUGGAGUAUCUCCGGGCUCAGCUUAAGACCUUUGACGAAGAGGAGGAAACAAUGAACGCAGAAGUAGGUCAAUUUGACCAGAAAAAGUCGCAGCAGAUUUCCGAGCUUCAAAAUAUUGUGGACGAGUAUCGAAGUGAAGUCAAUAGUCUCCAUGAAGAGCUCUCACGACGGGAGGCACCACCCUCGGCAGAAUCACAGUCUCGGGGCACCAAGCGACCGCUUUCUCCUACAGAUAGCAAGGCUGACAACGAACGACUUGCCGUCCUUACACGGAAAAAUCGCAAGCUACAAGAUGCUUACACCAAGUCGGAACAGAGCAAGACUCUUGCACGCAAGGAACUCGAAGCUGCCAAAUCUCAACUUAAGGCCUUAAAGGCCAGAUCUAGUACCCGUGUUCUGGAAUUGAAGGGCAAUCCCACAGCUGAGGCAGAGAAAAUCAAGAUGACGACUCUGAGGGCCCUUAAAGCCGAAAAUCGUGAUCUACUCGCCCAACUACGUGGUAAUACUACCGAAGUCAGUUUAGUCAAGAAAGUUCCAGCUAGUGCAUUAGAGAGCCUCAAGCUCGAGAUGCAAGAGAUGGAACGUGUCGUUGCGGACAAAGAAAAGCGCAACACUCGACUCCGAGAAAUAUAUGCCGCCAAGGCCAUUGAGUUCCGAGAGGCCGUUGCUUCUCUGCUUGGAUACAAACUCGAUAUUCUUCCCAAUGGCCGUGUCCGCGUUACGUCUAUGUUUCACCUGUCUCCUGAGUACCGCCAUGGUGACCCCAACGCCUCUUCCGACUCCAGCGGCCCAGGCAGCAUGGGCAAUGGCGAAGAGAGUUCCAUCCUCUUCGAUGGCCAAAGUGGUUCCAUGAAGCUCUCGGGUGGGAACAAUAGUAUGUUCGCCAUGGAAAUUCGACCCUUGCUGAAGUUCUGGGUUCAGGAGCGGAAGGACAUUCCUUGUUUCCUGGCAGCAAUGACUCUUGAUUUUUAUGACAAAACUACUCGGGCAGCAAGGGUGUGA